GUUCUAAAAUGACUUCAUGGGCACACAAUGUAAAUAUAUUUCAGCAGUCAAGCCGGAUAUUUAUUAAGAUAUGUAAUUAAAAUAGAAAUAUUUUAAGUUUCACACAAUCUGGUAAUUUUCUAAGACAAAGAAUUAUCAGUUGUAUUCCAGAAAAGAUGCAUUACAAAACAACAAUCUAAAAGUUUUUCCAUUCUGCAUGUUGGUACAAAAUGAUUUAGAAUAGGAUAGAGCUGGAAGGGACCUUGGAGGUCUUCUAGUCCAGCCUCCUACUCAAGCAGGAGAACCUAUACCAUCUCAGACAAGUAACUGUCCAGCCUCUUCUUAAAAAUCUCCAGUGAUGGAGCACCCACAAUUUCUGGAGACAAGCUGUUCCACUGGUUAAUUGCCAUCAUAAAAUUGCUCUUCUGUUGCAACUGCUUGCUAAGCUGCAUAGUCCAUCCAGAUUUGUAACCAUACCAGUUGUUUUAUGUACACAAAUUUGCCUUUUCCUAUAACUUUGCUAUUAUCCAACUUCACAUUUAUCGAGCAGGAAAACGUCCCCCAACUGGAACAGUGCAGCAUAAAAAGAAUUAUAAUUCUACAAUUUAGGGACAACUUCUUACAUUGGUUUAUCUUCCACAUCCAACUUGGGCAAAUUCCAAGAAGGCUCCCAAUUGUCUCCAAAAAUGCUUGAAUUAAUUGAGCAGUUCCAGCAUAUUUUAAUUCAGAUAAACACUUUUAGGGAGACAUCAGAUUAAAAAUUGCUACAAGUAGGGAGAGAGAGAGAGACCAUGAUAUAAUUACAUGGUUAACCAAGAUCUAGAGAAUUGUAUAAGUAUAUCCUGAGUAUACACUUAGUUCCAGGAAAGUAAGAAAUUAGCACAGAGAAACUGGCAAAUAAUAAAUGCCCAGUUUGACAACCUUCUUGAUUUUCCAGAUGCUGCACUGAGGAAAAAUAUGAAGCUGAUUGUUUCCUGAAAACAUUUUGGAAUUAUGCAAAUAUAGAAUUGCAUAAACAUGGCACACCUCUCUCAACAAAAUAAUGAACUUGUCUCUUUUUUGUGUAUCUGGUUAGAAAACUGAAGAAAUAUUAAUUCCAAAAUAGGGUGGGGGAAUAUUAUCGGGAUGAAAGGAACACAGGAUAUUUAGUGGUAAGUGAGAAGGUAACUGCUGGGAGCGAUUGCUGCAAUGAAGACUUAAUGACCACAAAGGACUCCAGCCACAUACUCCAAACCAUACUUUGAGCACACCUGUAACAGGUCAUUCAAUCCUUCCUCUAGAUGGCAGAGCUGCACCCAAAGCACAUGGUUAUUUGCAUGCAACAGGUAAUCUGAAUUUAGCUCCAGCAUAAUAGAUGACACAGUGUUAAUUUUAUAGAAUAUGAUCUUUUGAUGGGAUAUUAUGAGACUGAGAGGGGAAAAAAAACUUUCUUCCAGCGCAGGAAGUGAUGACACAAGACUAUUUAAAUAAUUGGCUGGGGAUAAGACCAGCAUUGGAUAUCAAGGGAGAAGACAAAUUAUUAGGGAUGUUGUGGUGCUCCCAAACUGCAUGUGGGAACCGGGCCUCUAUCACCAGUGAGAGGGAGGAAAGCUGAAAGACUUGAUCCAUUUUAACUAAUAAUACCAAGUCUAACACAGGUUGGAGUCACAGUCCAUCAAACUUUUGCCUGAUCUGUUAUUGAUAUUUCAUCUUACCUGUAUUAGACUCUUACCGUACCAGUAACUCCAACUGUCCACAAAAUGGUUCACUCCAAACCUACACGUCACUAACAAUUUACCUAAGCCAAAAAUGGUUUGUCCCAAUCAGCUGUUGCAUCCUAUAGUUCAUUCCAGGCACACCCUUCCCAAUAAAAAUGGUUUGCUCCAUCAUUAGCGAACUUUAGCAAUUAGAUACGCAUAGGACGUCAGCAUAAUACAAGAAGAAAGCUAAUUAAUAUUAAUUCUAUUUUCUCAGAUUACAGAAAACUGAAGCCUCUUUCCACGGUUUUCAGGUCAGCAUUAUUUAAGUUUCCCUCCCCCCCCUUUUUCCAAAGUGGCUCCACCCAACCUUCAUACUGAAUAGUAAAGGAACGUGCCAUUCAGCGUACGGAGGGUGUCUUUCUAACCUAUCGCUCGUCUGUGAUAGGAACCACCAAAGAUUCCAUCGUGUCAAUUUGUAGCGACCGCAUCCAUACGGUGAGCCGUGACACAGGCAGAAUUCUGUCCGCGAACUAGUCUCUCUACUCCUUAAACCGGGGUUGGGGGUGGAUGCCUGGCUGGUUGGCCUCGUCUCCAGUUCUUCUUGUCAGCGCUGCCGUCGUCCAACCGAGCGUGUCAGGCAGGCCGGGCUAAUGGAGCGGUGCGCCUGCGUAGAGAGGGAGGUGGACAAAGUGCUGCAGAAGUUCCUGUGCUACGGCCAGCAUUGUGAGCGAGGCCUGGAAGAGCUGCUGCGCUACGUCAGCCAGCUAAGGGAGGAGCUGGGCGCUGCAGCCUUGCAGCGAGCACCUCUUUCUGCUACACUCUCCCUUGUUAUAUCUCAGUGCUGUAAGAAGAUCAAGGACACUGUUCAGAAUUUAGCUUCAGAUCACAAAGAUAUUCACAGCAGUAUCUCCCGCGUGGGCAAAGCCAUAGAUAGAAAUUUUGAUGCUGAUUUGUGUGGCAUUGUCCCUGCUCUGGUCUGGGAAACCCAGGAGAAACAGAUCCUGAUAUUGGCAAUUAUAGAACAUCUCUAUCAACAAGGAAUGUUGGGAGUGGCCGAAGAACUGUGUCAGGAGUCAACUGUGAAUGUAGAUGUAGACUUCAAAAAACCAUUUCUGGAACUGAACAGCAUUUUGGAAGCUCUGCACAAACAAGACCUGGGACCUGCUCUGAGCUGGGCAGUCUUCCACAGGCAGCAGCUGGCUGAUCUGAACAGUACUCUGGAGUUUCAGCUGCAUCGGCUCCAUUUCAUCAGGCUUCUUUCUGGCGGCCCCGGCAAGGAGUUGGAGGCUCUGAGCUACGCACGUCACUUUCAACCCUUUGCCCACCUACACAAGCAAGAGAUCCAAGUGAUGAUGGGCAGUCUGGUAUACCUACGCUUAGGCCUUCAGAAUUCUCCAUAUAGGCAUCUACUGGAUGAAAGUCAUUGGACAGAGAUUUGUGAGUCUUUCACUCGUGAUGCAUGUGCCUUGCUGGGUCUCUCAGUGGAGUCACCUCUCAGUGUCAGUUUUGCUGCAGGGUGUGUAGCAUUGCCAGUUCUGAUGAACAUCAAGGCUGUGAUUGAGCAGAGACAAUGCACAGGUGUCUGGAGCCACAAGGAUGAGCUGCCUAUUGAAGUUGAGCUAGGGAUGAAAUGCUGGUAUCAUUCAGUCUUUGCAUGUCCCAUCCUGCGCCAACAGACCACAGAUUCCAAUCCACCCAUCAAGUUGAUUUGUGGACAUGUUAUUUCUCGAGAUGCUCUCAACAAGCUUAUCAAUGGAGGGAAACUGAAGUGUCCAUAUUGCCCCAUGGAACAAAACCCAGCUGAUGGAAAACGCCUCAUCUUUUGAUAAUGGCAAGAUUUGUUAUAAAUAGGCUCUUCAAAUACAGUUGUGUGCAAGCAGAACUCUGUAAUAUCCUGCUUAAUAUAACAACUGCUAAACAAUGGAAGCCGAUUACUUUAGUGGACCAGACAAAAACUUUGCAGAAUGAGGCAAUGCAAUAUCCGUACAUAUACUCCAUGUCUGCCUGUUUUAGGCUUCAUCCUGGCAGCUUCAACAGGCACUGCUCCUGUUGUAGAAUUUGUCUUGUCUCUAUUCACAAUUCUGUUUCUUGUUGGAUUAUAUCACAAGCGCUCUAUGUGGAGCUGCUAUCCCCACUUUUAAUGCUUACAGAUUACCAAAUUCUUGAAAACAGAAAUGUGUUUCAGAAAUAUGCAGUAUAUGAGAUAAGAAAAGCAGGUGCAGAACCCAGAUUACUCCUGUUUUGAAAAAACUUUCAAGUAAAUUAGAAUGGAAAUGAGGACAAGUGUAGGCUUACUGGUGUUUCCUAAUGUUUUAUGUCAGCCUCUGUAUACACUAUUGUUCUUCAAAGACUAAGAGAUGAGUAAUUAUACAAUGGAAUAUUUCCUUAGAAUAUGAAUACAAAUCGACGAUGACUUAUUUUAGUAGAGAAAUAAAACCUCAAAGGUCAGGAUCAAUUUUCGUCCUUAUACAAACAAUUUAUAGCAUCAGAGCAUGUACUAUUUAAAUAUUUAAAAAUCUAAAACCUGUAAUGAGUUAACAGUUUGGUGCUUAACAGCUUGUAAUAAAAUGUUGCAGUUGUGUACGUAAAAGGGAUUUAAAAUCUGCCUUAGAGAUAUUAAUGUAGAGACAUCUUUAGGCAUAGAUUAUACCUAAUAGCCAGGCUUGGUGUUCUCAUGGACUAAUCGUAAAGAUUUCCUCAUACAGCUCUUUAGGAAUAAUUUUGGAGAGUGACAUUAUUUUAACUUGGAGGUUUCAAGUAAGAACUAGUGCUUACAACUUACACUUUAUAAAAUUUGGUUGCCUUUUUCUGAAGCAAAAAACCUGUACUGACCUAGAGAAAGGAUAAUUGAAAAAAAAAAA